AUGCGUGCCUGGGAUCUCUACCUGGCUGUUGGAGUGCUCCGUUUCCUGCCCUUGCCGUGGCACACAGGACGUGGCUUGGGAUAUUUGUUGUGGUGGUACAAGAAAACCCGCUUUGAGAAGAAAUAUCCCUUCAUCGACCUCCUAUCUGCAGUUCCUCUGCAGCAGAUCUAUGGGUGCCCGCUGGGCGGCAUCGGGGGUGGCACCAUCACCCGCGGCUGGCGAGGCGAGUUCUGCCGCUGGCAGCUAAAUCCUGGGAUUUACCAUUACGAAACAGUCAUCGCUGACCAGUUCACAGUGUGUCUGCGUCGCAAGGGCCUGACCGUUUACCAGCAGGUGCUGUCAGUGGAGAGACCCAGCACUCUACAGGGCUGGAACUGGGGCUACUGUGGCCACUAUGCCUUCUACCACGUGCUCUACCCCCGUGUCUGGACCAUCUAUGAGUUCCCAGGGCAAAACGUGGUGCUCACCUGCCGCCAGGUCUCCCCUGUCAUCCCCCACGACUACCAGGACUCCAGCCUGCCGGUGGGAGUGUUCAUCUGGGAGUUGGAGAACGGGAACGAUGAGGAUGUGGAGGUCUCCAUCAUGUUCAGCCUGCAGAAUGGCAUGGGUACGAAGGAGGACAAGAGAGGAGGGCACUGGAAUGAGCCCUUUGCCUUUGAGAAGGAGGGCACACGGGUUGGUGGCGUUGUCCUGCAUCACUGCACUCCCGUGAAUCCCUUCAGCCUCGCUAUCUCUGCCCGUGAGAAGGCUGGCGCCAGAGUUACCCACUUCACAGCCUUCAAUCCCACAGGAUCAGGUAAGGAGGUGUGGCAAGACCUCCUUCAGGACGGCCAGCUGGAUUCCCCUGCGGGUAGAAGCGCCCCCACGGAGGAGGGAGAGGUGGUUGCGGCAGCUGUGUGUGUCAGCUGUACCGUGCCUGCCCGAGGGCACGGGACACUCGAGCUGGCUCUGGCGUGGGACAUGCCCCGUGUUCACUUUGGCUCCAAGGAGAAACUGCACCUCAGGCGAUACACGCGCUAUUUCAGCAGCGAGGGCGAUGCUGCCCCUGCCCUGUCACACUAUGCUCUGACGCACUACGAGGAGUGGGAGAAGAAGAUUGACGUGUGGCAGAAGCCCGUCCUGGAGAACAGCCAGCUGCCUUCCUGGUACAAGUCAGCCCUGUUCAAUGAGCUGUACUUCCUCACGGACGGGGGGACCAUCUGGGUGGAGCUGCCCCCGGACUGCUGCGAGGAGGAUGUGCAGGGGCCAGUGGACACUGGCCUGUCCCAGCUCCUCCCCGUCCUGCAGGAGUACGGAAGGUUUGCUUAUUUGGAAGGCCAGGAGUACCGGAUGUACAAUACCUACGAUGUCCACUUCUAUGCCUCCUUCGCUCUCGUCAUGCUGUGGCCCAAGCUGCAGAUCAGCCUGCAGUAUGACAUUGCUGUCACAGUGGUAAAUGAGGAUGUCCAGCUCCGGCAGUACUUGAUGGGUGGUCAGACAGCCCAGGUGAAGCUGAAGAACGUGGUACCACAUGACAUUGGGGAGCCAGACGAUGAACCGUGGCAGCGUGUCAAUGCCUACCUGAUUCACGACACAGCCAACUGGAAGGACCUGAACCUGAAGUUUGUGCUGCAGGUGUACCGUGACUACUACCUGACACAGGACAACUACUUGAGGGCCAGUCUGCCAGGGUGCUCAAACUGCAUGACCAUCUCCUGCCUUCCACAGACUGUGAUGGAGUCGGAGCUGCAGUUUGACAAAGACAACGAUGGGCUCAUCGAGAACAGUGGCUUUGCUGACCAGACAUAUGAUGCGUGGGUAGUAACAGGAGCCAGUGCCUAUUGUGGUGGGCUGUGGCUGGCAGCCGUCUGCAUGAUGUGCAAGAUGGCAGAUGUGCUGGGUGACCAUGGGACCAUGCAGAAAUACUCUGCUAUCCUGCAGAAGGGCAAGGAGUCAUAUGAGAGGCUGCUCUGGAAUGGAAAAUACUACAACUAUGACAGCAGUGGGAGCGUCACCUCCAGCAGCAUCAUGUCAGACCAGUGUGCUGGGCAGUGGUUCCUUGGGGCUUGUGGCCUGGACCAAGGGCAGUUUGAGGCCUUCCCCAAGAGUCACGUUGUCAGCGCGCUGAAGACCAUCUUUGAGAAGAACGUCAUGGGCUUUGCAGGUGGCACCAUGGGUGCUGUGAACGGCAUGACGCCCCAUGGGGUGCCCGACACAUCCAGCGUGCAGUCCAAGGAGGUGUGGAUCGGCGUGGUGUACGCCCUGGCUGCCACCAUGAUCCAGGAGGGCCUGGUGGAGGAAGGUUUCCACACGGCAGAGGGCUGCUACCGCACGGUUUGGGAGAAGCUGGGCAUGGCCUUCCAGACGCCGGAGGCCUACUGCGAGAAGAAGGUGUUCCGCUCACUGGCCUACAUGCGGCCCCUCAGCAUCUGGAGCAUGCAGCUGGCCCUGGAGAGCCGGGCUGGCCGUGCAGCCACUGCCCCCACGGCCACCCACACAAACGCCCUCCACCCCUGA